AAUAGUUAUCGUUAUCGGGAACCGCUUCAAACGUGUGGUUGGUUGUUAUUUAUUCCAAUAAUAAAUACUCAUUCGAGCCGGAAUGAAAUUUGCAAUCGAGAGUAUUAGCAAGAAUUCUGGUCGACUAGGUCAACUGCGAAUCAGGGAUGGAGGACCCGAGUUCAAGACUCCCCUUCUUUUGCAGACGACUAAGGGCGGAAGCAUUCCGUGGCUGAGUGCGGAUGUUUUCGAGACUCAUGUCAGCCGGAAGCCACAGGUGCUCCAAUUCACACUGUCCACAAUGGAACAAAUGACCGAGGCACUUACGCAUUGGAACAGUGGUGGGGGUCGCGGACUGAGCGACUACGUAGGACUACCAGGACAUCUAAAUAUUCUCCUGCUACGAGAUCCCUGUGAAACAACGCCUUCCGGAGGUAACGACAGGGAUAUACUGCCGUUGUUUACGAGAAGGGGCAAGGAAUCGCUCUCUUCGGAGCGCUACAUGGAAAUAGUAGCAAGUUUCAAGCCGGACAUGUAUGAGGGACUCUGCGAUGCGGACACAAAUUUAGAGAGUGCCAAGAAGCGGGUUCAGAAAUCGGUUGACAGGACAGAGAAGUUUAUGCAAUACAUCUACGAGCACCGGGGCAAGGUGAAUUCCACUCUGCUAGCUCCCAUUGUGGGCGGAUACAACACCUUUGCUCGGACGCAGUCCAUUAAACAUGCCCGGGAACAGCCAGCGGGAAGCUAUGGAGGUUACAUCUUCGAGGGUUUCCACGCGAAUGGUCUAUCAGCGACCACUUUGGACACUUCCAAACUACUGCCAAUAGUAGAGCACUGCGUCAAGCAGCUGGAGGAGGACAAGCCUAAGAUAUUGCCGGGUGCAUACACGCCCCUAACCGUUCUGGAACUAAUCCAACAAGGAAUCGAUGUGUUUGACACUUCCUACGCAUAUUGUGCUUCUCUAAACUUCAAGGCUUUGUCAUUUAGUUUUGUGCAGGAUGCAGUGGAGCAUGUGCCUUUCUUGGACAUAACCGACGAAGCUAUCAAGGAGGAUUUUACUCCGCCGCUGAGCAACUGCAAUUGCUUGACUUGCCAGAAACACACGCGUGCCUACCUUCACCACCUGUACAAGACCAACGAACUAUUAGGUCCCAUCUUACUGAUGGUUCACAACCUUUAUCACUACAUGGCUUUCUUUGAAAAAAUUCGUGAGAGUGUGGCUAAAGAUACGCUUCCACAGCUGACGGAGCUCGUAAGAAAUCAGAAUGGGAAAACACAGGUGGAUUAUUCCAUCGCAGCCAAUACCAAAGUAAUUAGCAAGGCCACUAUGGGGAAAGGAUUCGCUGCGGCAGCAGUAUGACAUGAGCAACCAAUUAAACGCUAAACUAAGUCU